UGCACUAUCCCUGUCCACAAUCAUUGCACCAAAACAAAACAAAACAAAAAAACAUUUUAUAUAUUUCAGGGUUUUCAAGAUUUCAUUCUCUCAAAACACAAGGGUCCCAAUGGAGAUGGAACAUGCGAUAGAGCAGAUACGAGACGAGGAUGACAACGUUGUUGUUAAAAGGCUGCCACCUUGGACAGCCAACAUAACAUGUCGGGGAGUGGUUGCGAGUGUUGUGAUCGGUGUGAUUUAUAGUGUGAUAGUAACGAAGCUUAAUCUCACUACUGGCCUUGUACCGAAUCUUAAUGUUUCUGCAGCUCUUCUGGCGUUCGUAUUUAUCAAAACAUGGACUAAACUGGUUCACAAAUCUGGGUUUGUGACGAAGCCGUUUACGAAACAAGAGAAUACAAUCAUUCAGACGUGUGCUGUUGCUUGUUACAGCAUUGCUGUUGGAGGUGGAUUCGGGUCAUAUUUGUUGGGAUUAAACAAGAAGACAUACGAGGAAGCAGGUGUAGAUGUCGAAGGGAAUUCCCCAGGGAGCUAUAAAGAACCUGGAAUUGGUUGGAUGACUGGUUUUCUUUUUGUUACUAGUUUUGUAGGAUUGUUGGCUUUGGUCCCUCUAAGAAAGAUUAUGAUCAUAGACUACAAGUUAACAUAUCCUAGUGGAACAGCUACAGCAGUUCUCAUCAAUGGGUUUCACACUCCAAAGGGAGACAAAAUGGCAAAAAAGCAAGUUGUUGGGUUCACCAAGUUCUUGUCAGCAAGUUUUGUGUGGGCAUGUUUUCAAUGGUUCUAUUCUGGCUCAGGAACAUGUGGAUUCACCUCUUUUCCUACCUUCGGGUUAAAAGCGUUCAAGAACUCGUUCUAUUUUGAUUUUAGUAUGACUUACAUAGGAGCCGGAAUGAUAUGUUCACAUCUUGUGAACUUAUCAUUGCUUGCAGGAGCCGUGCUCUCGUAUGGUGUUAUGUGGCCUCUUAUUGAAGACCGAAAAGGGGUUUGGUUUCCUUCAAGUUUACCUCAAAGCAGCAUGAAGAGUUUAAACGGUUACAAGGUUUUCAUAUCGAUCGCGCUUAUCCUAGGAGAUGGACUGUAUAAUUUUCUCAAGAUUGCAGUGUUUACUGCAAGAACAAUGUAUCUGACCUCUAGGAAGAUGCCUAAAACUAAUCCAGAAGAAAAUGAUCAACCCCGAGAUGAUUGUGAACUAAAUGAAGUGUUCUUAAGGGACAGCAUUCCUUUUUGGCUAGCAGCUACUGGUUACAUGCUAUUCUCCAUUGUUUCCGUUGUUGUCAUCCCAAUCAUGUUCCCAGAGCUCAAAUGGUAUUAUGUUGUUGUUGCUUAUAUUAUCGCACCAUCUCUCGGCUUCUGUAAUGCAUACGGUGCUGGUCUAACAGACAUGAACAUGGCAUACAAUUACGGUAAAGUUGCUCUCUUUGUACUGUCUGCUAUGUCUGGAAAGCAUGAUGGUGUCAUCGCUGGGCUCGUAGGAUGCGGUCUAAUAAAGUCCAUGGUCUCAAUAUCAUCUGACUUAAUGCACGAUUUCAAAACGGGCCAUUUGACUUUGACUUCACCACGGUCAAUGCUUGUGAGUCAAGCUAUUGGAACGACCAUCGGAUGUGUGGUGGCACCUCUCACUUUCUUUCUGUUCUACAAAGCAUUUGAUAUUGGAAAUCCAGAUGGUGAAUACAAAGCUCCUUACGCUAUUGUGUACAGAAACAUGGCGAUUUUGGGUGUUCAAGGUUUCUCUGCAUUGCCGAAUCAUUGUUUGCAGCUUUGUUAUGUGUUCUUCAGUUUUGCCAUGGUGGCGAACUUCGCGAGAGACGUUUGUCCAGAGAAGAUCGGGAAGUUGAUUCCUUUACCAAUGGCUAUGGCUGUGCCUUUUCUUGUUGGUGCUUAUUUCGCUAUUGACAUGUGUGUGGGAAGUUUGAUUGUGUUCAUAUGGCACAGGGUUGAUAAGCAAAAGGCUAAUCUGAUGGUUCCUGCUGUUGCUUCGGGUUUGAUCUGUGGAGAUGGGUUGUGGAUUCUUCCAUCAUCGAUUCUGUCCUUAGCUCGGGUUAAUCCUCCGAUAUGCAUGAACUUUGUGCCUACAAAGAGCACUUAAAACUAGAAUUUAUGUUUAAGGACAUAAAUAAUCUUUUGCAGCUUUUUAUAUAUGUAUACAGAGUAUAGGAUAUAGAGAGCAAGAAUUUUAAAGAGUUAGAUGAUGUUUAUCAUGGUUCAACCUCUGUUUGUGAGACAAGUUUCUAAUGUUAUCAAAGUUAGGUACUUUAAGUGGUGGAUA